CGGAGCCAGACGGUUGUGACUCCCCUCUCGUCCUCAGUCUCACUGUCACACUCCAGUAUUCCAUACUGUCAUUGUUUUUUAUUUUGUUACUUAAAAAAACAAUUUACAGACAUAUAUCCAUUCUCCAAUCAUUCAUCACUGUCACCACCUACCAAAAUUCUUCCACUUCUCUCUCAUCGAUUGAGUUAUUUUCCAAAAUGAUGAUUCAAUCGAGGCAAUGAUUUUAUCCAUCAGCACUUUUUUUUCGAAUUUUUCAUUUUAAUCGAACGGAGAAUAAAUAAUAAAUCAGUGGAUUCAGUGAUUAUUUUUAAUGGUGUGCAGUGUUAUGUCGGGGGGACGAUAGAUUAUCGAACUGGCUCCCAUGCUCGACUCGUAGAAAAACACCAGAAAAUUAUUGAAGAGUUGAUUAUUAUUCUCAUAGAGAUGAUGAUGACGAGCGGUGAAUCUGCGUUUUGAUCAGUCGAUCUUGGUACUCUAUGAUAAUGACAAUGAUGAAAUCGUGACGCGAACAGGUGGUCAGAUAUUUGUCGCGGGUAACAAUGUCAAGGUGGUGAUUUUAAAGUUGAAAAAAAAAGGAGGGAAAAGUUUUUGAAAUGUCGAGACUAUCGAGUCGCGUAUCAUCGACCGCAGCCGGUCUCGCGAUCGUUCUGUUGGUUGUGUUUCUCGUGAUACUGUGGACCGGUGUUAAGACCACAGGAUCUGUGAAAAAUGAUGAGAAUCGGGUGAUAAAUACAUCCCGUCUGCAUCGAGAUUUCAAGGACAAUUUAAGGGUUGUUGAUGUGCAGGAGAAUGAUUCCGGUGGUGAAUCUCCGGAGAUCAAUGAUGUGGAGUCGGAAUUUCUUGGGACGGAACGGGGGGAUGAUACCAACAGAAGAGGUGGCUUUGAAUAUGUCCAACCAGUGAAGAUCAGCCAGAACCAGUAUGAGGAUCCUCAUUAUGAUCCUGUGGAGGAAGCACCGGCGCCACUUAUUGACGACAGUUCAUCGGGUAGAGUUUAUGUCGGCGAUCACAGACGUGAGCGGAGAGAAUUGACGGAGAAGAAUUUCCUGGAUAGAUCGGUUGAAGAGGCGUCUGACGAAGGUUUCGAGGAGUUUGUCGGUCAUUACGGUAGAUCAGACCCUCACGAGAUUCACUGGGAACGUCCGAGGAAUGGGGGAAGCUGGGAGGACGAGGGUUUUGAUGAUGGAUUUAGUAAUUGGCGAGCCAGGAGAGCACUGCCCAGAGAAUACUUUAUCGAGAUCAUGGUUGUUGCUGAUGCUAAAAUGGUGGAUUAUCAUGGGAGCAACCUUGUUGGGUACAUACUUGUACUUAUGAGCACGGUAUCUCGAAUCUACAAGGAUCCGUCGAUAGGCAAUCCCAUAAGCAUAGCCGUAACAAACAUAGUAAAAACCGACGAGAUAUUCGGUACAAAACGAACCGACAGUGAUGGAAUAGCAGCUGCUGACAUGUUGAAGAGAUUCUGUUACUGGCAGAAACGUAAUAAUCCAGAGGAGCCAUCACCGGAGCAUCACGAUGCUGCACUGCUCCUAACGAGGGAAAAUUUGUGCCAUAAUCUUCGGCUGAAGAGGUGUGACACGCUGGGUUUAGCUGAACUUGGGAGAAUGUGCUCGCCAGGAUCAUCAUGCGCAAUUGUACAGGACAAUGGUCUCGCUGCGGCCUUCACUAUUGCCCACGAGAUUGGACAUGUGUUAAGCAUAUCCCACGACGACGACUCCAAGUGCACGAAAUUCCGGAAUCGAUCAGGAGUGCACAAUGUGAUGUCUCGAAUGCUAGACGACAACACAUUUCCUUGGGAAUGGUCCAAGUGUUCUCGUCACUACGUCACGGAAUUUCUCGAGGCUGGCUCCUCCAAUUGUCUCCUGGACGAGCCCGACAACAUGAUUAGGUCCAUAGUCAGUCGACUGCCUGGUGAGGAUUAUUCUGAGAACGAACAGUGCGAACUUGUCUUUGGCCCGGGCUCAAAAAUCUGUCCGCAUAUGGAGAAUGAUGUGUGCAAGAGACUUUGGUGCACCGCGCCGUCCUGGAGCCAUCAAUCUCACUGUCAUACCCAACACAUGCCCUGGGCGGAUGGUACACCCUGUGGUAAUGGCAAGUGGUGUCACCGUGGUGAGUGCGUCUCCAAGAAAAAUCUAGCCCCAGUCGAUGGACAAUGGGGUGAAUGGGGGCCCUACGGAUCCUGCUCCAGGAGCUGCGGUGGAGGGAUUAAAAUCAAAGAACGCGAGUGCAAUAAUCCACCGCCCCAGAACAAUGGAAAUUACUGUAUUGGUGAACGAGUCAGGUAUCGCAGCUGUGGGACUAAAGAGUGUCCCUCUGGAUUUGUUGAUUUUCGUGAAGAGCAGUGCGCCAAUUUCAAUGAUAACAAUCUCAACAUCAAAGGGCUAGCACAUGAUGUCAAGUGGCACGCCAAAUAUAUCAAAAUUCCACCUGAAGAGCGGUGUAAACUCUACUGUCAAGUGGACAGCAAUCAGUACUAUAUGCUGAGGGAUAAAGUAAUCGAUGGCACACCAUGUGGACCCGACACCUUUCAUAUUUGCGUCAACGGGCACUGCAAACCAGCUGGCUGCGAUCACACACUGAAUUCCACCGCUGAGUUGGAUACUUGUGGGGUUUGUCGAGGAAAUAACAGCACUUGUCAGAGGAUUACUGGAUCGUACAACACCAGUGGAAUUUAUGGAUAUCGUAGAGUUGUCAAGAUCCCUGCUGGUAGCAGCUUCAUUGAUAUCAGGCAGGCUGGCUGGGGAGGACUCCAUAAUGAUACCAACUAUCUAGCAUUGAGACUUGGUGAAAAUGGUAAAUACAUACUGAACGGUAAUUUCAUGGUGAUGCAUCGAAAAGUUAUUGUUCUUCCGGGCUUGGCAAUCGAGUACAGUGGUCCAGGCCCUAAAAUCGAACGGCUGAACAGCUCCAGACCCAUCAACUUCGAUUUAAUUUUAGAGGUCCUAUCGGUGGGAGAUAUCAUGCCACCGCAAAUAACUUACGAGUACACGGUACCGAAGAGAAUACUGGACAGUUUUACAUGGAUUUUGAGUGAUUGGUCCACGUGUAGUCACAUGUGCCAGGGUAGUAGGCAACGUAGAGCAGAAUGCCGGAGUACAGAACAUAAAGACGUUGUGUCCGACGAUUACUGUCCACCGGAGGAACGUCCACAGGAAGAAACACAAAUGUGUAACAGCCACUGCAUUCUACAAUGGCAAGAAACAUCAAGAUCAGAAUGCUCGAAUCACUGUGGCCUGGGUACGCAAACAGUGACGACUCGUUGUGUCCAAACCCUGACAACAUCAACAAACCGAGCACCUCGUCAAUUUCCACCCCACGCCUGUUCCCAUUUGAAUCGUCCCAAGGAGUUGGUGUCCUGCACAGGGCCAUGUGAUGAUGCCCACUGGUCCUACUCUGACUGGGGAAGCUGCAGUGUCUCCUGUGGAGGAGGAAUACAAACGAGAACAGCAAAUUGCGUGGAUUCCAUGGGGAGAAAUGUGCCAGAUGACAAGUGCAGUAGCUCAAAAAAAAUUCUCGAAAGAUCGUGUGGGCAUGAGGCUUGUCCUCAGUGGGCCUUUGGCGAUUGGUCCCCUUGUUCCGAGAGCUGUGGAAUUGGAAAAAGAGCUCGUCCGUUCUGGUGUCAAGUGGAAAAUCGCGUGGUUAAUUCAUUAUACUGCACUGAUCAACUUCCAGCUGUUGUAAAACCCUGCAAUGCUGGACCCUGUCAUCGCUGGUCUACCGGAGAAUGGAGUCCAUGCUCGGUCACGUGCGGUGAGGGAACUCGAAGAAGAAAAGUCGCUUGCUUGAAUGCAGACGGAUCAACCGGAGAUCAAUGCGCUGCUUCUGAGAAACCAGAGGACUCAGAUAUCUGCAAAAUGGAAGUCUGUCCCACUGCUACGACUGUUCCUGGGGUUUAUUCCAAUGGGGUACACGGUGAACCGUCUCAGGAGGAGAACGAAGUCGACAGCAAUGGUAUCACCUUUCAUUCAGGAUAUGCUUGGCGAAGUGGAAAUUUCGGGGAGUGCUCACGAUCGUGCAAUGGUGGUUUUAAACACCGAAUUGUCCAGUGCACAUCUACAGAGACUCACACAGCAGCUCGAGAUGAUUACUGCGACUCUAAUCAGCGUCCAACGAGCACUGUACCAUGCAACAGACACGCCUGUCCCUUCUGGAACACCGGAGACUGGAGCCAGUGCAAUGUGGAAUGCGGCGAGGGCUACCAGCAUCGGCAGGUAGGCUGCCAGAGUCAGAGAGGUGAAACACUCCCAGAUAAGGAAUGCAGCAUCAUCGACAGACCGAAGCACGCAAAAAAAUGCCGGAAGGCACCUUGCGUGAUACAAAGAAAUCAUAAUUCUAAUUCCAAGGGUAAUCUACCCAGGAGAUGGCGCGUCUCCAAUUGGACUCCAUGUUCAAAAUCGUGUGGCGGUGGAAUAAAAACGCGAAGGGUGGAGUGUGUCAUGGGGACAGGAGAUAACGAGCAACUGGUAGAGGACGAGCAGUGCUCGAGACUCGGGCUAGCAAGUCCAAGAUCCCAGAGGCCCUGCCAACGUUUACCCUGUGACUUUACAUGGCAAGAGGGCAGCUGGUCCGAGUGCUCGAAAGACUGUGGAGCUGGCAUUCAGAGGCGAGCAGUGACUUGUCACAAAAUCAAUCGAUAUGGAUGGAUCGAUCCAGCACCAACAGACGGAUGUCCAUUGAGUGAUAAACCAAGAGGCGAGCAGACAUGUAAACUCCAGGACUGCAAUGAUAAAUUUUACUGGACUGCAGGCCCCUGGAGAAAAUGUAGCCAUCAGUGUGGGCGCAAGGGACGACAGAUACGCAGGCUAUUUUGUCACGACAAAAGUGGUAAAAGAGUGGGUAAAUUCAAUUGUCCAAUGGAAUUUAAACCACAGAGAAAACGCAAGUGCAACCAAAGACGAUGUGGUCCAUUGACCUGUCUCGAGGCACAAAAGAAAUUCAAAGCAACUGGAGAUGGUGAAUACACAUUGCUCAUUGGUGGUAAGAAUAUGUCGAUCUAUUGUCACGAUAUGUCGACAAGUGAGCCAAGGGAGUACUUGACGUUGCCAGCAGGAGACAGGGAAAAUUAUGCUGAAAUUUAUGACAAGAGAUUGUUGGAUCCCCGGACGUGCCCCUAUAAUGGAUUGAGGAACGAUAGCUGCGAGUGCGUCACAGAACGUGGAACUAUAUCAGGAAGAACUAUGUUUAAACGUGUCAGGAUUGAUGUGGCUAAAUUAAUUAUUAUAGCUGAUGAUUACACGUUCUCGUGGACCAAAGGAGCCAAACGAGUGGAGUAUGGCAAAGCUGGAGACUGCUACAGCACAGUCAAUUGUCCUCAGGGACGUUUUAGUAUAAAUUUGAGUGGCACUGCCCUCAAACUCACACCUCAAGUCUCGUGGGUGCCACAGAAGUCACGAGCCUAUCUGGACGUCCACAGGGUUAAUGAUCAGAGAAUUCUCGGCAAAUGUGGGGGCUACUGUGGCUUUUGCGCUCCAAGCAUGGACUUGAAACUGGAGGUAUUGUCCUAGCCGUCUACAAAAUCAAGUCGUCGAGGAUCCUUUGGUGAUUCCUAGAGGAAAUCAUGGGACUGAUGGUCACGAGUGUCAUCUCCAGGUGGAGGAUGAGCACUUUUCUCUUUCUCUCUUUAGGAAAGAGGGUACUCUCACCAUCGUCGUCUUCUAGUAUUAAUAACUUAUUAAUAUAGAUCCUAAUGUUUAUUUUUACAUGAAGCAUUGAUAACGUGGACGUGAGACUUUUUCUAAGCUGAGGCUAACGAUAAUUCAGUAGUUUAGGUGAUAGUAACCGAAUUGUCGCAGACACUGAGAGGAGAAACUGGGAGUUGAUGUUCUUCCUCUUGGAGUUAUCAUAAGUGCUCUCUAAUUGAAUCAAUGAGAAAUUGACAAUGCGGGUUCACUGCCAUAUUUGUCCAUAAUACGUGCCUUUCGUCGAAAUUGGAGUGAAUCUCAUUCUGGCUUCGAUGAUCCAAUGAGAUCGAAUUUAUUGCAAUAUUUGUAGAAUAUAUCAGUGCAAAGGGGUAAAAAGUAACAAAUCAAUUCAGUUAAUUGGUGAAUUUUUGGGAAUAAUUCUGAAUCUAAAAAAGAUGUCAAUCGUUUUAUUAGAAUCUUUUUUGUAGCUCACAUCUAAAAUUACAAGAAAAACAUGAAAAAAUGUCAAUAUCUCUUUUAGAUUUCCAAAUAUUCCUUAAAACUCAAUUUGUUAUUCUGUACUUCAUCUUUACUGAUUUGCAUUGGUGUCUUCAAUGUUGCGACAUUUUCGAAGAAUUUUAGGAUAAAGAUAUAGUGGUAUUAGUAGAUAAUAAAUGUUGAAUGAGGAAGUGAAUUAUUUUCAAAAGAAUUAGGUGAAUUAUCGUUCACUAUUUCGAUGUUUUUGGACGGAUGGGACUGUUGAUGGCCCGCAUAGACUGCCAUUUAUCGUGUAUUUUUUUUACGUUCAAGGAAUUUUUUUGCAUUAGGCAGCGAAAUAUCGCAACGUUAUUCGAGCGAUUAACUUCGACCGUGUUCUUCUACUUUUUCUUUAUUUUUCCACUCGUGGUGGAGGAGUAUAAUUGUAAAAUAUGGAAUGCCUCCGUAGCAGUGAAUAUGAAGGAUCAGAUAAUUUUUACUGCCAAAUGUACAAGUAUUUGUUGAAAUUAUCGAAUUGGCGUUAAUUCGGAGAAAAAUUAUCUCGAUAAAUUAUAAUUAAUAUUAUUGAUAGAUUAUCUCGAAUUAUUAUUACUGUACUCCUAUCAAUAUUUCCUGCAUUGGGGAAGACAGAUUUCUCAUGUGCAUUGAAUGAACAAGGCAUAUUUUUCGUCGAUUAUUUUUCGUUCUGACUCCGCAUAUUCUUAUUUCAAAAUCUACCACGCAAGUCUGACUAGUAAUUUAUGAACAAAUAAUUAUUUUUAUUUUUGCUUCGCUAUCAGUAAGAUUGUUAUAUGGGAUUAAAUAAACUUUAAAUGAUAGUGUGUGUAUUGUAUUAUACAGGUAGAAAAUUUACUAGAGAAUUUUUUAUGUGAACCAGUGUAUGUGAAGCGUUGUUUAAAGAUAAAUAUAAGAGCCAUUGUUAAGUGGUGCUGAUGGCUAUUA